AUGGAAACGGAGCCUAUGGAGGCUCACGCUAUCCAGGUGGAGACUAUCCAGGCGGGUACUAUGGAAACGGAAAUUACUAUGGCGGAUAUUAUGACCCUAGACACCAAGGAUCUGGGAAUCCAUAUGAUUACCCAUACAAAUACGGCAAUCCCUAUGGGGAUCAAUAUGGCCCAAACGGCUUGUUUAAUAACAAUUACGAUCGGGCUUGGGAAAGGACUUUCUGGGGUUAUCGCAAGUAAUCGAGGUCACAACUGCAUUCAUGAACAGCGGCUUCCCUGCUACUUAUAA